AUGGUGUCGUCGUCGUCCUCCUCCCUCCCCGCGCACCGCGUCGGGGACACGUUCCGCGUGAAAGGCCUCGAGCUGACGGACCACUUCUUCGCGUGCCCGCUCGAUCACGCCGCGCCGGAGGGCGAGCAGAUCGAAGUCUUCGCGCGAGAGGUGGUCGCGGUCGACAAGGCGCCAAAACGCGCGAAGAUGCCGCACCUCCUGUACCUCCAAGGCGGGCCCGGGUUCGAGGCCGCGCGCCCGACGGAGAUCGGCGGCUGGCUCGCGCACGCGUGCGAGACGCACCGCGUGAUCCUCCUGGACCAGCGCGGCACGGGGCGCAGCACCGCGGUCUCCGUCGCGAGCCUCGCGAGGCGCGGCGACGUCGCGACGCAGGCGGCGUACGCGUCGAUGUUUCGCGCCGACGCCAUCGUGAAGGACGCGGAGACGAUCCGCGCGAUUCUGUGCGGGCGGGACGUCAAGUGGUCCGUCCUCGGGCAGUCCUUCGGCGGGUUCUGCAUCGCGCACUACCUCUCGUUUCACAGCGGUGGACUGAGGGAGGCGUUCUUGACCGGCGGGCUGCCGCCGCUCGUGCGCGAGGAAAACGCGGCGGCGGCGACGUACGAGAGACUCGUGAUGGCUCAAAACGAAAAGUACUACGCGCGAUUUCCAAACGACGCGCGCAGGGUCAAGUCGAUCGUGAACUUCGUCGCUUCGAACCCGGAGAAGUCCGCGACCCCGAACGGCGGGCGGCUGACCCCGCGGAUGGUCCAAGCGCUCGGGUUCAGCGCGCUCGGGACCGCGGGCGGGAUGGAGUCGCUGCACUAUCUUCUAGAGAAGGCGUGGGACGUCGACGGCGACGCGUUGUCGUACCGGUUCCUGAAAGGCUGCGAAGACGUCCACGCGUUCGACACGAACCCGCUGUACGCCAUCUUACACGAGUCGAUAUACUGCAACGGCGGCGGCCCGAGCGCUUGGGCCGCGGAGGCGGCGAUCCGACGGCGUUGGGCGGGCGCGUUCGACCCGAUCGAAGCCGCCGCGGCGAUCGACGACGACGCGACGCGCGUCUUGUUCACCGGCGAGAUGAUCUUUCCGCACAUGUUCGACGACGUCGCGCCUCUGCGCGCUCUGAAGCCGGUCGCGGAGGCGCUCGCGGCGAAGACGGACUGGGGCGUCCUCUACGACGCGGACGCGCUGAACGCGUGCGACGUCCCGGUGGCGUGCGCGGCGUACUACGAGGACGCGUUCGUGGACGUGGAGCUCGGCGCGGCGACGGCGCGGGAGAUCAGGCGCGUUCUCCUUCACACUGGUUCCCAUACGACCCCGGUGUGGACGACGAGCGAGUACAUGCACAGCGGCGUGCGCGAGGACGGCGCGCGGAUCUUGAAGAAGCUGAUGGCGAUGGCGAGAGACGAGGAUGUGUUGCGGUAG